AUGCUUAAGGGGCUGCACAAUCACAUCUUCGCCCACAAGCUCAAAGAAGUUUUCACAUCCAGCCCGUUGGUCCUGGUUUACCAGACCGUCGGCAGCGUCGACGUCGCGGCAGCUUCCGCGCAGCUGCAGGCGCGCCUCGACGCCGCGCUGCCCGGCGGCGGCCUGCGCGUGCAGAUGUGCCGGAUGAGCAACACCGUCGCGUCCAGCGCGGGCGAGCCCGCGCUGCAGCGGCUGUUCCAGGCGAGCAACCUGCUGGUAGGCUUCGCGCCCCCGGGGCCGCAGCCAACACACACAGCAGGCGCAGCAGCCGGCGGCGGCGAGGCGGGGGCGGACGCGGCAGAGGCGGCCCGCGCCGCGCGGCGGGACGGGAUGGAGGUGCUGCUAUCAGGCCUGUUCGGUCCCCAGCGCGGCACGGCGGCGGCCGGCGCAGCCGCGGCCGCGGCGCCGCGGCGGCUGCAGCACAAGGACCUGGCUCAGGCGUUUGCCGUGGGGAGCGCGCUGCCGUCAGACCAGCCGCUGGUGCUGCUGGGGGCGUUUUACGGGCGAGAGAGCAUCCAGCUGCGGCAUUUGAAGGAGUGGGUCGGGCUGGAUGAGACGCAGGUGUAUACCAAACUCCUCGGCGCGAUUGAGGGGCCUUUGGAGGCGUUGGUGCAGAUGGAUACCGCUGCAGAGCACCUGGUGUCGACGCUCGACGCGGCCGGGCCAUCAGACCUGCUUUCAUGCCUGGACAUGCACGUCGCGCGGGCGCCCGCCGGCGGCGGCGCCGACGCGGCGGCGGCGUGA